AUGACCACCGUCUUCGAACGCCUCUCCACGCCGCGCCACCACAUCGUGGCCGAGCGCGCUGCUGCCAAGGCGGCACGGGAGCUCGCGGGUUGUACCUUCCGCCCGCGCGUCAACAAGCGUCCAACGGCGCAGGCCUCGGAGCCUGUCUUCGACCGAUUGAUCAAGUCUCGGCAUGACAUCGUGGCCCAGCGGGCGGCUCUCAAGAUGGCGCGAGAGCUCGAGGGUUGCACCUUCCGCCCCAAGGUCAACCCAUCGCCCCCGGUCAAGCCACCGACACUUGCCGCCGCGUCCAAGGCGACCACAUAUCCUCGGCCUGGCUGGCUGGCACGCACCGUCGACCGAAUCUUGCUCGAGGCGCGUCUGAAGCAACACAUUGAGUAA